CUAUAAAUAAAAAUGCAAAGUUGAAUCAGUAUUUCUCAUCUAAGUUCCUCUGAUCCGAACAGUUGACAGGAGCCAGGAGCCAAGAUUUCAUUGAUGAUCAUUGUUGUUUAGAAUCCUGAAAUGGAAAGUGAAACAGUGAUGCAUACAGGAGGUUGCCAUUGUAAGAGUGUAAGGUGGAAAGUGAUUGCUCCUUCCAGUGUGGAGGUAUGGGACUGCGACUGCUCAAUCUGCUACAUGAGAGCCAAUUCUAACUUCACUGUACCUGCUGACAAAUUUGAGCUUUUGGCAGAUUCUGCUGAGUUUCUUACAACUUACACGUUUGGCACUCACACUGCAAAGCACACAUUCUGCAAAAUAUGUGGUAUAACUUCAUUCUAUUAUCCCCGCUCAAAUCCAGAAGGGGUUGCUGUUACAAUCAGGUGUGUUGACCAUGGAACAAUGACAAUCCAUGAAAACAAGAAUUUUGAUGGGAGGAAUUGGGAACGCUCGUAUAAUGAGUCAGGCAUCGCUUCUUGUUCAAAGGAGCAGAAGUAACUACCAUAACAUCGGGGGAUACAAAUUAGUUUGCAUCCUUAGUUAGUCUUGUAUGAUGUUUUUAUGUCCCUUAACUCAUUUUGUGUUGCUGAUGCAAAUACUCUGGCUUUGAUGUCUAUGAUGUAUUGCUAAUAAUAAGAAAAAUGUAAACAGACAAAUUAUCAUAUUUGAAUGAUAUGGUUUGGAAUUGUUUGUGAUUCCAACAAGGUUUCAUUUUA